AAAUGCCGCUUCCCAUUCGCCGGUUGGAGCCGCCGUUGAAAUUUGAAAUCCUGAGGCGGCGGCGCUGGUGGCUGUGGCGAGGGCGGUUCGGUGCCUGCCGGGUCCUGCUGGACGCGCUGAGGGGGCUCGGGCCCGGGUCGCUGCCGGCAGAAUGAGUCUGCAGAUUUUAAAUGCAGAAAAUGGAGAAAAUGGAGAAAACAUCAGUGAUGAUCUAACAGCGGAAGACUGUGGCUUUUGCUUCGCACCACCGGAACCUACAGGGAGACCUUCCAUUCUGCGCCUGUCCCAGAAAGAAAACUUGCCACCAAAAAGCGUGGCAAAAGCUAUGAAGGUAACCUUUCAAACUCCUCUAAGAGAUCCUCAAACUCGAAAAAUCUUGAGUCCUACCAUGACGGACAAACUUGAGUCUACUUUCACACUUGAUGAUUGCAGUGAAGCCUUUCAGGAUGAUCUUUUAUCUGCACCCGUCAGUAUUGACACGAGUCUUCAAAAGGCUGAAGCUGAAGCAAGUAAUACAGAGAUAAAUACGCAAAUGCCAGAGAAAGUCAGUGCUGCUCCUUUCCCAGAUGAUGAGAUGCCAGUGAAGAGCCGAGGUUCCUACAAUAUUGAUUUUGAUAACUUAAAUGACAUCAAUCCCUUUCAGAGUUCAAUGCAGCUUCAGAACUCUCCUGGAAAUCUGCAAAAAUCUCCUGUAAGAGUAUCUAGCAGCUCUGGGAAAACUUCUGAAAAAAGUAGUAAUUCUCUUCCACUGGAUAGUACAGCUUCUUCACCUAUAGCAAGUACUGAGCACCCAAGUGAAGAGGAGAAUACUCUUUUUGCUGGAAAAGAAUCUGUUUUGACAGAGUUGGAGUCUAACAAACCCAAACUGUCCCCAAAACAAGCUAUCAGUGACUCUGUGCAGGAGUCAACUUCCACAGAAGUAAACCAAGCUGGUAAAUCUGGCAAUCUGGGUCCUAGUAGCUCUGAUGUAACUGAUUCUUCUAAAACUGGGGAAUCAAAGCUUCAGAAUGUUUCAGUAGCAGAAAAAGCUUCUGCAGAAGAGUUGAAGCCUCUGGAAGAACCUGCUGUCUCUAAAAGGGAACCCUCAGAAAAGCCUGGUGUCCCCAAAGCCGGACCAGUAAAACUGGAAUUUGACUUUGAUAAUACCAGUGCUAGAAAACCACCGCCGAAGAAACUAGGUAAAAGGCCUGGUAUUAAACCACCUUCCAAAAAAAUUCCGACUACCAAAACAAAGCCAGAGAAUACUGAAGUGCAAAAUAAAAGUAAUGUGGAAGAUGAAAUUCCUGUUCCAAAAGCAUCUUAUAAGUUUGACUGGGACAAACUUGAUGAUCCAAACUUCAAUCCCUUUGGAGGAGGCUCUAAAAUUUCCACCUCACCCAAGUGCUCUGAACCUAGCUCUCAGAAAGCUGAACUGCAGGAGGAGCUGGAUCACACCUCACCAAGAAAGGAGCCUCUUCCAGUGGAGCAGGAUAACAGACCAAUUACUGGUGAAAUUCUUGAGAAAAAAGAACCCAGAAGCCCGGAGAUCAGCAAACAGAAUGUGGUAGAAGACAAGCCAAGAAUACAAGAAACGCCAGAAGUUCAAGGAGAAGCUGAACUUCCAGAAGCACCAGCAAUGGAGAAGCAAAUAAACCCAUCUAAAGUGUCUCCAGCUAAUACCCCAUCUCAAGAUAAUUUAGUUUCUGCUGACAGUGGGAAAAGGUCAAUGUCUGCAGAAGAAACUAAACCUAGCUCACACAAAACCGAAAUAACAGCAGAUGAGCAGACAGCAAGCACUGAAGCUGAAGAGUUCUUCAGACCAUCAGCAGAAGUUCUAGGAAUGGGCAAUGAAAUAGACUAUCUGGAGCAGUUUGGAACUUCAUCAUUCAAAGAGUCUGCUUUGAGGAAACAAUCUCUGUAUUUGAAGUUUGACCCUCUGCUGAGAGACAGUCCAAGAAAACCAAUUUUUGGCACUUUUGAGACAAGUACAAGUAUCAUGGCUGUUCCACCACAGUAUGGCCCUGUUUCUGAUCUAAGCAAACUGCUUGAGGAAGCUGAAAAGCCUGCAGUGAGUCUUCAAAAUGAAGAGAAACCAAAAGGACUAGAUCUUCUAGGAACAUUUACAACUUCUGACACAGAUUCCUUAAUCCCAGACUCUUUCACUAGUGACAUUUCUCCACUCAAUUCUGCUGCUUCCACAGAUGCUGCGGUGGAUGCUAUUAUAGAUGUACUAAAAUAUAGCCAAAAAGACAUGGAUGCAGCUGUUGAACUGGUUAAAAGAGAGGUUCAAGAGAAAGAGUUGGAGACUCUCGAAUGGAAAAAGAAGUAUGAAAAGCUUCAUAUGGAAUACAAGGAAAUGGGAAAAAUAGUUGCUGAGUUUGAAGGUACAAUAACCCAAAUGAUGGAGGAUGCUCAGAAGCAAAAGGAGCUUUCAAAGAAAGAAAUGCAGAGGAUGGCGGAAGAGAAGCAACAAGUUAUUUCAGAUCUGAAUUCUAUGGAGAAAUCUUUUUCUGAACUCUUUAAGAGAUUUGAAAAACAGAAAGAAGUGCUGGAGGGUUACCAUAAAAAUGAAGAGGCUUUGAAAAAAUAUGCUGAAGAAUACCUGGCUAGAAUUAAGAGAGAGGAACAGAGAUAUCAGGCACUAAAGGCACAUGCUGAAGAAAAGCUGCAUCAAGCAAAUGAGGAAAUUGCCCAAGUACGAAGCAAAGCUAAAUCGGAGACUGCAGCGCUCCAAGCCAGCCUCCGCAAAGAACAAAUGAGGAUCCAGUCUUUAGAGAGGAGCCUUGAACAAAAGACUAAAGAAAACGAUGAACUAACAAAAAUCUGUGAUGACUUGAUUUUGAAGAUGGAAAAAAAUGCAUAGCUUAAUUGUUCUUGUAAAUAUUUCUAGUUUUUCUGACUUCCUGUCCCAUGUGUUCAUUCAGUCUUUUAAUUAUGUAUUGGGGGAAAAAAUAAAACUUCUGAUUUGCA